CAAGCGCGACCGACAUGUGCCACAGGCGUGUUGUUGAAACACCGCUCACUAUUUACCAAACAUUUACGAGAAAUAAAGACUAAUAUAUGUACCUAAUGCUAUGGGUGACUUUAGAGUGAGUGCUCUUACUAGAUUAUAUUUUAUAUUAUUUUGUAUGAUAGUUAAGGCUGUGAUAAGUACGGGUUUAGGAAGAUGUCCAAUUUACCCGCAGUUACCCAAUUACGAUAUCGGAAAGAUGACAGGAACCUGGUAUGAAGUGGAACGAUCAUUCCACCUGAUGGAGAUCGCGGCGAGUUGUACUGAACUGGAAGUAGCCAUGAACGAGAAAGGAUAUUACGUCAUCAACGUCCACACGAUCAAUAGAUGGACUGGGAAUCCUUCAGUUUCAUAUGGACUGGGCAUCCCUAGCUACGCGGGCUCGUCUGCGUUCCGGUACAAGCUCAACAACCGGAUGCCGUACGUGAUCGGCCGGUUGUUGCCCGGCGCCGGCCAGUACAACGUGCUCUUCACUGAUUAUGACCAGUUCGCCAUUCUCUGGUCUUGUUCUAACUACAACCUUGCUCAUUCAGAUCGCAUUUGGCUGCUUGGAAGAAAACGCGAUAUAGAAGCAAGCCUUCGGGCGCAGAUCUACGGCAUCAUGCAGGACCUGAAUCUAGAUCCUGAUCGACUCAUCAUCUCCAAGAAUAACAACUGCACACAAAUACCAGACAUUGAUGAGGCCAAAUACACUUCAUAAACUAGGA